AGGCGCCGGCAGUUGGUAGCGGUGGGCGGCCGGUGAGGGAUGGCGGGGCUGGCGUUCCUCUGCGCGGCGGCCCUGCUGCUGCUGGUGGCCGGCGGGGCCAUCCCGCCGCCGGAGGAGGCGGCCCGCAUGGCGCGCUUCGUGCUGCACAACUGCGACUGGGGCGCGCUGGCCACGCUGUCGGCGCAGGAGGGCCUGCGCGGCCAGCCCUUCGCCAACAUCUUCUCCCUCAGCGAUGGGCCCCCCGGGCCCUUGGGCGGCAGCGGUGUCCCCUACCUUUACCUGACCGACAUGGAGAUCUCCGUGCAGGAUCUAGAGAUCAACUCAAAUGCCUCCUUAACUGUGUCUUUGGCACAGACUCCUUACUGCAAGAAGCACAAAUAUGAUCCCCAGAAUCCUCUCUGUGCCCACAUAAUCUUCUGUGGGAGUAUUGUAAAGGUGAAUGAUUCAGAGGCGGGCUUAGCAAAAAAAGCAUUAUUCAGCCGCCACCCUGAAAUGGAAAGUUGGCCUAAGGAUCAUAAUUGGUUCUUUGCCAAGUUCAACAUCACCAAUAUUUGGGUCCUGGACUACUUUGGUGGAUUGAAAAUUGUGACGCCAGAAGAAUAUUACAGUGUCAAGCCUUAGUGGAAGAAGAUCCUUGGUGAUGCUGAAUUACUUUGGCUGUUUCAGAAAGAUUUAUUUUUUUCUGCGUAUUGUAGAGCUGAAUUAAUGAAGAAAAUAGUCAAACACAUUGCACUACUAAUGAGCUUCUGAAGCAAAUGUAAAUUCUCAUUAACCAGCACAGUUUGAAUCAUGUCAUACUCACAUACUUUGUGCAUAAGCCAUAACUAAAUUUUAUUCAUUGCACAUGAUUCUGGAAAGAUAUCUGUCUGUUGACAGUCUGCAUUCAGAAAUGCUGUGUUUACUGGUAACUUAAGGGUUAGUCCAGUUCUAAACCUUUCAAUGCCUUAGUUAAAUAACAUAUGUUUGUGAACACUCUCCAAUUUUAUUUUAUUUUUAAUACCAGUUUAGUUUGUAUUUUUGUGGCAAAGUACUACAGGAUGACUCAGUUGACUGUGUAAUGGAAAGCAUUGUUUGUAUUACAAUGGCAAAUAAUAUGCUGAGUUCCCAAAUUCUGUUAAGAAUUUUGUUUGCAUGAUAAUACACUCAGACAUUUCAGACAUUUUUCCAUUUUACUACCUAUAUUGAAUUUGCUAUAGAAUAUGAUUGUGUUUAUGCAAACUGUACGUAUACCUCAGGAUAAGUUCUUGAUAACUCUUCAGCUGGCAGUGGUUAUAUGCCCUGACUCUUUAAACGAAGCAGGGUUGUAAUAACUAAAGUUAUCUGACUUGUAUAAGAAGAGUAGUAUAAGUUUGUAUAAGGAAAUUAGUUCCUUGUAAAUUCAAUGAGAAUAUUGUAAAGAGUAAAUGUGUAUUGAUUAGAAAUCUGAAAUUUUCAGCUUUGCUAGUCUGAUCAAAUGGCAAUGUAAUAGCUAUUAUUACCUUCAUCAGUAGAACCAAGCAGAUUUUUGGUUUUGGAAGACUUAAGCAGCAGUUUUGGGUUAGUAAUCCAGAAGUGAAAAAGAAGCAAUAGAGUAUGACACAGAUGAUUCAUGACUUGUAGAGAAUGAAAAUUAAUGAAAAGUGUGCAUAAUUAAUUCUAUGUUAAAAUAAGCCACACACAACAACAAAAGAUAAAUCAACACAUUUUUGCAUCCUUUCUCAUCUCCCAUAUGCGAAACUCACAAAUAUCCAAAACAGAUUGUGAACAAUUAAGUUGUUUUUACAAUGAGCAAAUAUCACUUAGUUGACAGAGAAAAGAACGUGUGAAUUUAGACUCCUUAGAGGCAGAUACAUGUAUAGAACGGUGGAAUUGGUCAUAGCAUGUGAUCUCUACAUCUUCAUGUCGUUAUUAUAUCACUAGUUUUCUCAAAUACUGGAAUGAUUUGUGACAGUAUUUUUGAUGUAACUUACUAAGUUUUUGUUCUCCGCAAUGGGGAAAAAAGGUACUUGUUACUCUAUCAAACACAUUGUGUUCUACUACUUGAAAAUUAAUUUAGGAUCAAAAAAACUUACACUAUGGAAGCAAUUUAUGUUGAACAGAUAAGACUGACUUUAGGUAUAAAAUUGUAAAAUAUUUUUAUAUAAGGCAUAACAAUGGUGGAAACUCAAAUGAUCCUCUGGUAUGGACUUGAUCCUUUCCAUGGGGACACCUCAAUGCAUUACAUGUCACUCCAUAACUUAUGAUGUGUGAGACUGAUGAUGCUGGGCUUUUGUUAAAAUUAAAAUUAAGAUAUUUUUUGACAA